UUACUCCACGACACUGGCCGUUUUCGGGAAUUGUCGUCAUGGCGCAAAUCAUUCAAAAGCGAAUGGCAACGAGCGCUCGAGACACCGAUAACAAUGCCGAUGAAUGCAAAAUAUCGCCCCGAUGUUGGAAAGUGGAUGUGCACCUGCCCGCACUUCGUCAAGAGCCGGUUCCUUGUCUGCAAACAUCUAGUGCAAGACGUGCAUAUAGUUAGCCCAGUGUUUUUCUUGGAAGUUCAACGUAACCGAACAUUACCUUUCUGGUCGCACCCAUCACUCGUUCCAUUGUGUGACAGCCUUCCUCCCGAUUCCAUGGACGCCCACGAGAACCCAACUGGAGUAGAGGGAAAUAUAUUUGAUAGGGAAAAUGAAGAAGCGGAAGAUGAGUUUGUGGAUACAGCGGCCGGACGGAUGGAUACACGCACCUUUCAAGAACACUUCGAGGCACACAUCAAAAACCUCCGUGAUUUUUGUGAUGGUCUCCAGUAUCAAAUCCAGUUCAACGAUCACAGGAUGCUCAAUGCCGUCGAGCAUGAGGGUGCAUCAUUCAUCCGCCUGAUGGAGAAUUGCCUUGGUCGAGAGAAACGAGAGAAUUCGUCACGGCAGAGGAGUCCAACAACAUGGGAAAGGGAAACAUCGAACGCGAUGUUCUAUCGCACCCGCGCUAUCAACCGCCAGUGA